AUGGAUUGGCGUACCACCACAGCCUUCCUUUGUCUCUAUGGAGCAGUAAAAGAGUUUAGACCAGCAACUCCUUUCCUAACUCCAUUCUUAGCAUCACCAGAAAAGAACCUAACCCUGGAUGAGUUAUAUUCUCAAGUUUUUCCAUACUGGACAUAUUCCUAUAUGCUCGCUUUGAUCCCAAUGUUUGUGCUAACCGAUAUCCUACGAUACAAACCGAUUGUGAUGAUCGAAGCGAUUGGAUUAGUUGCCACGUGGGGAUUGUUGGUCUUUGGAAAAGGAAUCACACAAAUGCAGGUCAUGCAGAUUUCAUUCGGAGUUGCAUCUGCGGCUGAAAUCGCCUACUACUCCUACAUCUACUCCAUCGUGGAUAAGAAACACUACAAAAGAGCAACAUCCUACAUCCGAUCAGCUGCACUGUUGGGAAAAUUGGUUGCAUUUGGUCUGGGACAGGCACUGAUUUCUACCCAUGCUUCGGAUUUUUUGGUUCUCAAUCAAAUUUCCCUUGGAGCCGUUUGCAUUGUCACAGUAAUUGCUGUAUUCCUGCCACGUGUCAAAUCAGACAAUGCCAAAGUUUCCAUCAGAGCGUUACCAGUUGAAGAUCAGCAGAAUGUUGAAUUUGUUACAAAUGAACCAAAAGAACUAAAAGUGAGCUACACUCGAGAGUACUUGAAAAGAACUCUUGAAGAAUUGAAAGAAUGUUCGAAAAACCAAGAACUUUUGAAAUGGUCUCUUUGGUGGGCAUUAGCAAGCUGUGGAGUUUAUCAAGUGCAAAACUACACACAGUCGUUGUGGAAAGAAAUGCAAGCUGAUCCAGAAGACGUUGCCAAUGGAGUCGUCGAAUUCGUCAACACAGCACUUGGAGCAUUUCUCUCUUUAUUCAUCCACCACUUGUCAAUUGAUUGGGCAUCUCAUGGACAAAUGAUUAUAUUCAUUACUUCUGCAAUUAUCGCUGGCCUUCUUUAUGUAUGCUCUCAGACACAAACUGUGAUGGUUGCAUACAUUUCAUACGUGGUCAUUGCUUCAAUAUAUCACAUGCUCAUUACAGCUGCAUCAGCAAAUGUAGCAAAGGAGCUGUCAUCUAAUAACCAUGGGUUGAUUUUCGGGUGCAAUACAUUCGUGGCAGUUUGUCUUCAAUCCUUCUUAACUCUGAUUGUUGUUGAUGCAAGAUUUCUCCAUCUUGAUAUUAGGACACAAUUUGUCGUCUAUUCUGGUUAUUUCGCCUUGGUCGCCAUAAUCUUUGCUUUUUUCUUCUUGAUCUCACUCUGCUCCAAAACAACGAGAAGUUCAAUAAUUGAAGAGCCUCAAGAUGAUUCUAAAGAAGAAGUAUUCCCGGAAUAA